AUGUCGCCAAAGCGACCAACGUCGCUGUACGGCUCCGGUCAGAGUUGCGCGCUGAAAUCCUACAGAUCUCUAAACUCGCUCAAUAAAAUCAACCGGUCAGAAAUGUGCCGGUUAGAGGAUUUCCACAAGCUCACGAAGGAGCAAGGUCACCACUCAUCACGUACCUAUCACAAGACGCGAGCACAUUGCGAGAUCCACAAUGAAGAAAGCUCUGGAAACGCUGGCAGAACGGGCGGGGGCUUUCGAUCGUGGUUCAGCACAGAGGGAGAGUCUUUGGAGGACAGUACGGUUACGGUGUUUGCGCCGAGGCCGUUUGCGGGAGGAGAAGCGGAAGGUUUCCAUUUCUGCCCGCCGCAGGGACUUCGACGGGUGUCGUCAAUUCUGGACGUUGACAUCCUACCGCGAGAGUUGCGACGGGUUCGUCUGUGCAAAUUCUACAACAAUAAACCGCUCGGCUUUUACAUCAGAGAUGGCUAUUCGGAACGUCUCACACCGUGGGGAUUCACGAUGGCUCCCGGCAUCUUCAUCUCACGUCUCCUACCGAACGGUCUCGCAGCGUCCACCAACCUGCUCAGUGUGAACGACGAGAUCGUCGAAGUCAAUGGCAUUGAGGUAUCAGAGAAGACACUGGAUCAAGUGACGGACAUCAUGAUAGCGAACUCGGCCAAUCUCAUACUAACUGUGAGACCAGCAGCGCCCAGUCCAUAUCAUAACCUGCCCUACCUACUGCCUCCCCCUUGUGCGCUGUCUCCGGUACCUCCCGCUUACUACAGUCCCUAUGGCCGUAGGCCGCAUCACGAUUACCGCGACUACGGGAUACCGCCCGGGAUCCCUCCAAGUUACUGCAGCCCGCAGAUGACGCAGUCAUUAUGGGUUCCAAGCAACCUCACCUGUUAUGGAAUGGAGAACCAACCGGACGUAAGAACGCCGAUCUCUCAGCCUUUCCACGGCUCCUCUUUUUCUCGCGACAGCACUUGGCGGAUCAGCGACAAACUCGCGAAGAUGUCGUUGCGCUCCCGCGAUUCGCCAAAGCACUCCGACCGCAAGAAGCGACCACUCACGGUCCACUGCUCCGUCCAAAACGUUAUUCCAACACCGCCAUACCCAUUUUACGGUUAU